AUGAUUUAUGUUGGAACUGAUACCCAUGAGAAACUGAAUCUACCAAACUUCUGGCCAGAUCCAAAUCGUCUGAAUAUCCCUCCAAAAGACCCAGUUGAGAUCAAAGCUGAGAUUGCUAGAUUAAAAGCCCAGCGUUUGGAACGACGAAAGGUUCUAGAAGAGAGAGCCAAGGAACUCGGCAUUACUUCUCCUGCCUCUUCAUCUUCAUCUGAUGAUAAUAGUACCAGUUCAAGCGCUUAG